UAGUGUGUGUGCAAGGUCCAAAAUGCAAGAAAGCAAACUAGAGCAACCUAGAAAGUAAACCCUAAUUGCUUGCAAAUGAUAAUGUGAAUGCUCUAAAUCAAGAUGCAAUGUGAUCUAAAGCAUGAAUAAAUGAUGUAUCAAAGCUUAUGCAAAGACAUGAAAACAAUACGAAAUCAUACCCAACCCUCAAGGGAGGAGUACAAACCAAUCUUUAGUUGGUAAUCUCCUAUUGUUCUUCAAUGUCUUCCAAGCCCUAAGUGGAUGAAUGAGUUUGAUAGAUGCUUGAUAGAAUGAUGUUGAAUGUUGUUGAAGUCCUCAAAGAUCUGCUCUUUCGCUGCAUAUGAAGUUCCUGGAAACAAAAAUCCGAUCCCUUCCAAUGAAGAAAGAGAGCUCUUAUGUACGAAACCCUAGGUCGUAAAUUCGUAUUUUGGCCGACCUAGAGAUUGAAUAUCCCGCCAAUUUCUUGGGGUUAAGCUUUAUUUUAUGAUUGGAUCGUGCUCCCAAAAUUUCGGGAAAAAUGUCUGGGACCAUGUGCACCGGGCGCCAUGGUCCCGACAACUUUUCACCAAAUUUUCAGGGUCGUCGGAUAUGAUGAUUUUAGAGAGAAUCCCGAAGUUACAGGUGAUUUCGAGAUGUUUUGACCCCGAAACCAAGCCCCCAAGUUCGAAAUAGGACUUAAUUAGGGUUUUUGAUUGAGUGGUGUAUUAGAGGAAUAAAAUGCGAAGGGCGCGCUUUAGUGAAAGGGCCCAACUUUGUGAUGUAGAGAAUGAUGAAAUAGGACCUUAGACCUAAUUAAUUUGAUUAAUUAAGUGCUUAAGGAGAAAUGCAAUGCAGAAUGCAAAAUGCACUAAGGCGGGUGCUAAACUAGGUGUGAAAUUAUACCACCCUAGCGAGUGCGUACAAUUUACGACACUACAUUUAGCCCCCACUUUAGCGGUCAUAUGAGUACUACGUGCAUAUGCAAGCUAAAGUACAGAAAUGUAAACAUUAUUUUGAAAAAGGAUAUAUCCAUAAGAUGUCGGACGAAGCCCCCAGCGGUAUCUGCAGUACACAGUUAGGAACCGCACCCUACAAAACACACGUUAGAUCACAAAAUCACCUAAUGCUUACUAGGGAAAGUGAUGAAAUCUGUGAGUACCUAUAUGCCCCCCCCUGUUUCGACUUGCUUAUUAGGGAGGUGAAACAGGGUAGCAUGUUUACUUGCGACAAAUUGUGUAAGAGAGUGUUGAUGAGGGGUGUUCGCGAAAUAGGCUUCAUCAGAGCACUUUUUGGAACAUCCCGAGAGUAGGAGAAGGAAAAUACGAUUCCAACACAACAAACGGCUCGAAAAUCGCAUCUCCCAAACUCAAGUUAUGAUAAGAUGAAUGAGAGAGGAAAAAUUAGGGUUUCACAAAGUAAGAAUAAACGAACGAGAGUAUAUACUUCGAAAGUGACACUUGUAUUCGUCACUUUGUUGAUUUUAAAAUACUAUUCAGUGCAGCGGAGCCCACAUAGCCAUCAUCAUGCCUUCACGACGACCGGAGCGUCCCACGAGGAUCGAGAUCCUGCGCCAGGCCGUAAUCGACGACGAGCCACUGGACAAGGUGAGUUGACUGAACAUUUGACUUUUGAUUUUUCGCAUGUUUGACUUUUUCGUGAUCGUAUGCGGGCCUUGAGGCCGACCGGGGCCCACCCAGGGCGCCAUGGUCCCUGAGGGGUGCCCUGGUCCCUGACAGGGGCGCCAUGGUCCCUGACAGGGGCGCCAUGGUCCCCAAUCAGGGCCUGGCGAGAGGUUACAAGGCUAGCAUGCAAUGUACAACAGUUUGCAUUUGCGAUUUCGAUGAUCGAGUACUGAUUAUCGUCAUGUUUUCGUGUUGCAGGGUCUCCCGUACAUGAGAGAGCACACAGCAGGACAUAUUCUUCGCACUUUGCGAGAUCAGAUUCCGCAGCUGACUCAGUCAGAGAGAGACACUCUAUCUAUUGUAGGAUUGUGGUACGUGAUUCUGAUGCCGACCAUUCGAUUUCAUCCUGCGAUGCUGAUGGCCUUGAUGGAGCGAUGGGAUCCUGACACAUGUACUUUUCACCUUCCAGUAGGAGAGCUGACGGUCACACUCGAGGAUGUGUACCGUAUACUUCGUCUUCCUAUCAGAGGAGUGACAAUUACAUACGCGACCGAUCGGUCAGCGGAGGAUCAUCAGAGAGAGCAGGUGUAUUGCAUAGGGAGAGUCAUGCCGAGCGAGACGAGAGGUCGCAUCAUGGUCAGCUGGCUCUUACAUCCUACAGGGGAGGUACCACUUCUGAGAUGCCUUAUGAUAGUCAUCAUAGCACUAGCCGUCUGCCCUAAUGGGCGAGGGACACACAUGCAUGGGGGCCUCACAUGGUGUAUCAGAGCGAUGGAGAGACACAUGAGAGUUUAUGCAUGGGGUCGGAGUAUGCUAGCACAUCUCUAUCACGACCUUGAGGAGUAUGUAUUCGAACAGGGGUUCAGUUUGAUGACAUGCACACUUCUACAGGUGUGGAUUUUAGAGCACUUCACAUGCACCAGGCCCGUCGGCUUUCCGCUGAGUACAGCGAGCGAGCGACCUAGGGUGUUCGCUUAUCCACUUACUAGCGAGUGGAGAUUUGGAGAUUUGUUGUAUUGGAGAGUGAUUGUUGACAGACUGACAUCCGAGGUGAUAGUGUGGAGACCUUACCUACUGAUGCACAGAUGGGAUGGUAUGGAGAGACAGUUAGCAUGUCUACAGAGGAACCGCCUACUGCGAGGACGAUAUGCACACAUCAUAGUCCCCUUCUACUUUGACCGAGUGCGGAGGCAGUUCGGACUAGAGCAGUGUGUUCCAGCCGAUGUGCCCAUCUAUACUCAACACUCACGGGUCCUUCCUAGACCUGGAGCAGUAGUGAGACCGACGGUAGAUGAUAUUGAGACGACAGACUUAGAGGGAUCUGAUCAGGAUGUAGUCACUGACUACUCUGCAGAGCCUGGAGCACAGCGGAGGUACGUCUCAUGGUUUAUGAGAUCAUAUCCAGGUCCUAUCUUUCCACCAGAUCAUCCGACAGGCUAUCCAGGCCCAUGGAGACAUGGAGACCGAGACGAGGACGAGGGAUCCAAGUCAGAGGAGCCAGAGGAGGGAGAGGGUCAUGAGGAGGCGGGAGAUCCUGAUCCACCUACAGGCGAUCAGUCCAGUGACAAGGAGGAGGAGGAUGAGGAUGCAGAUAGAGAGGAGGACGAGGAGGAUGCAGGUGAUGAUGCGGAUGAGGACGAGGAUGAUGAUGAGGAGGAGGAGGAUAGAGAUGAUGAGGAGGAGUCAGAUGCAGCUCCCCACCAUUUAGGAGAUGAUACCAUAGCUCUGGAUCCACCUCUUAUUCCCCAACAGGGGGAACAGGAGGCGAUACGGAGACCUGUCACCAGUACCGUCCAACCUACACCCAUCGUGGAUAGAGUAUACGAGCGAGGGGAGCCUAGCAGUUCUUAGUCACAGAUACUACCAUAUCAUGAUCCCUACUGGCGCGAGGGAGAUCCAGCUAAUGUGCAGGAAUGGUGUUCCUUGAUUCAGCAGGCAAUGACAGACAUUUCCAUGAUAGCACAGAUCCCCAGUUCCUCACAGAUUGCCUAUAGGCCUCAGGGGAACGCGGGUCGGCAUGAGGAUUUAUUUUUCCCAUUCCGAGUACAGGUAGAUAUAUGGAGGGAGAGAGAGAGAGUCCUAUCAGAGGACCUCUAGCAGGCGCGGCAGAGAGAGAGAGUCCUAUCAGAGGACCUCCAGCAGGCGCAGCGAGAUCUAGCAGCGGCUCAGACCGAGGCUACCACCUAUCGUGUGAUCCUUAUGGAUAGGGAUCAUAGGAGUUCCUCUCAAAGUCACUCACGAUUUGUAUCGCGCUACACACCCAUGGGUCCACCUUCACGGCCAGACCAGGAGGGAGCAUCCAGUCGACACUCUCCAGCCACUAGCCCUAGGGAUAGGAGAUGAUUUUAUGAUGUACAGUGACCUAGAUUUGUAUA